AUGUUGGAAGAGGAACCAAUAGGGAGAUGCAAAGAGGAGGGAGAUGCGAUGAGAACCACCAACAAGGUUUGGACUAGAACAAAUAGCAAAUUUAUUCAUGUUUGUGGAGGGACUCUCAUUCACAAAAGCUGGGUUCUCACUGCUGCCCACUGCUUCCAGAAAGGAAAGGUAGAAGAUGCAGCAAAUUGGCGAAUUCUCCUGGGCAAGCAUAACCUUAAUCGUACCGAAUCCACAGAGCGAGUCUACAGGGUGAAGCGAAUUUAUCGGCAUGAGCGUUUCCGCUACCCUCACCUAAACGAGCUGGAUUAUGACAUUGCCUUGGUCAAGCCUGUAGAAGACAUUAUAACAAACCAUUUUAUUCGCUAUGCCUGCCUGCCCAAGAGAGACAGCACUCUUCGUCCAGGACAAUUCUGUUGGGUGACUGGAUGGGGGAACACAAGAGGUGGGAAAGAAAACCUGGCUUUGUCUGAGGUUUUGAACCAGGCUAAGUUACCAGUCAUAGAUUACAGUACAUGUCGCCUAAAGAAGUUCUGGGGAGACAGAGUUCGGCAGUCAAUGCUCUGUGCUGGAUUCAGGGACACUGGGGAGCCUCCUGCUGCUUGUCAGGUACAAAAAUCAGCUGUUAAUUCCAACUAUGAUUGA